UCUUCCAACUUCCUUCAUUUCUCUAAUUAUAAGCUAUGUCCCUUAACUGUUUUUCCUUCUUCUUGUUUACAGUUGUUUACAUCACCAAUCUAACUGUAAUACCUGCCUUUCCAGUUAUACCCGAACCCGACCCGACGGAACCCAAUCCCCACCCAUUCUCCCCAGCCCCUUCACUGCCAGCAACAAUCCCUGCUUUCCCAGAACAAUCAAACUUCGAAAGCUGUUCUCUAGACAUACCAGAGGAGCUUUACAAAGGGAUAAAAUCAUCCUGCAGGUCCAACGAUCAUUCGGGUCAAAUAAACCCGACCCGUUGCUGCCCGGUUCUCGCAGCAUGGCUCUAUGCAGCCUACUCGAGAACCGCGCUGCACAGAGCCAUUGCAAAGUUCCCACAAUACUCAACCUCUGUUGAAAUGCCUGUGCUCCCUGAUGAUUCAGAGACGUGUGUGGAUUCUUUUGGAAAGGCUUUGGAAAACAGGGGAAUUGAGUUGGUGAAGCCAAAUGAGACUUGCGAUGUGGUUUAUUGUUAUUGUGGUAUUAGGCUGCAUCCACUUAGGUGUCCUGAAAAUUUCGCGGUGAAUUCGCGCGGAGAAUUGAUUGGUGGUGAGAGUGUGAAGAGAUUAGAGAGAGAUUGUUUUAGCAGUAAUGGAUAUGCUGGUAUUGCUGGUUGCUCCAAAUGCUUGAACACUCUUUAUUUGCUCAGUGACAGCAGAUUGGAAGAUACAAGCACAACAAAUGAUAGAAGUAGCAAACUGCACAGCAUGGGUUGCCAAAUGAUGGGCUUAACUUGGCUUCUCAACAAAAAUACAUCUGGUUACAUUCAUACAGUUUCUGCUGUUUUAAGGGCUCUAAUGAUGAGUGAAGACGGUUCGAAUCCUCAGUCAUGCACACUUAACAGUGACGGCUUGCCACUUGCAGUCGACUCCUCAGAGAUCAACGAUCAAUCUUAUGCGACUUUUCUUCAGGCAUCGGUUUAUUGUUACCUCCUAGUUUUUGUUUUGGCAUACAUAAACUUCACUGCAUAACUGUUUUCAAAAUUUUGCUGUAGUUAAUCUCCAAAAGACUUGUUCUGUGUACUCGGAAAAUACUUCCUGAUUCAAAUGUCACCUAGAGUAAAUACAUUCCUCUGUAUUCAUUGAUUCAGGUUCAUGAAAUUGUAAUUAUUUUGGUUGUGUGAGACUGUUGAAAAAUGAAUGGAGCUUCCAUUUGUAAGAGUUAA